AUGGCUAACGAAGGUUCUCUUGCACCAGAAGAGUUUUUAGUGAAAGCGUCAGAAUUUUUCAAGAUUGCCAAUGAAAAGGGCAUUGCUGUACGUUUGACGGUGAAGAGAUUAGUGAAGCAUGAUCCUGUACUAGGAAAUGCUGAGUUUGACACUAUUGAUAAACCACAUUAUGAUGUGUCUAAGGUUGCAACGUCGGUAACCGUUCAGGACAAUCUCAGUUCACAGGAAAUAUAUCCGUUACUUUUCAGGAUAACAUAUGGUUCACAUGCAAAUAAACAAAAAUGCUCUACAGUCGUUAAUCCAGAUGUAUUGGAUAAGUUUUGGUUAGAUUAUUCAUCUGUUGUGAAAAGUUCUAUGAACGGUCUAGUUAAGAAGAAGAAGAGUAAGAGUAAGUCCUCUAAGGAAAAGAAGAAGAAUGUUUAA